AUCCGCUUCGGCGGCGCUCGGCCUGGCUUCGUUGACGUCAGUGGCAAGCGCGCGGAGGGCCGGUGACGAAGGCGGAAGCGGCGCCGGAGCGAGAGCGUAGGCUGAGGCGCUGCGGGAGCCUCGCUUCCCCUCGCCUCUCGGCAGGACUCGGCUCCGCCAUGGAGCCACAAGAUGGUGGUCAGGAAAUGGCAGCUUCUCCUUCCACAACUGGAACAGGCAAGUCAAAGCUGGAUACAUUGCCCAGAGAAGAUCUUAUCAAAUUUGCAAAGAAGCAAACGAUGCUUAUGCAGAAACUGAAAUCAAGAAAUGCAGAACUGGAGAAGGAGAUCAAAGAGCAGAAAUCAAAAUCUGCUGCUGGGGGAACUGAUGACAUUAUUCAGGCUCUCACAGAGAGGUUGGAUGGAGUUCUUCUGGAAAAAGCCGAAAUCCAGCAGCAGUGUCUAGCUCUGAAAAAAGAAAGUGUGAAACUGCAACAAGAGACAGAGGCUGCUCUUGCUAAGGAAGAAGAAUUGCAAAAGAAAUUUGCACAGUUGAGCACUGACCAUCAGAAAGAAAUUGAAAGUCUUAAACAAGAAACAGUAACAGCACAGUCCAAACAUGAGGAAAUUGUAGCUACCCUGCAGAAGGCAUUGCAUGCAGAACAGAAGAAACAAGAGCAACUUGCAGAACAACUUGAAUGUUAUUGUAAAAGGCAUGAAGAUACUAAAAGACUACAGGAAGAAAUUCAUCAAGCAAAGACCAUCUAUGAGGAGCAGAUCUGUAACCUGAAGGAACAAUUGGAAACUUCCAAUACGGGGAAGAAGGAGGAAAUUGCCAAACUGCAAGCUGUUAUUGAAAAUAAGUGUCAGUGUUAUCAAAAUGAAAUUGAUGCAUUAAAUGAAGAACUGGGCAAACUGAAGGCUACUCACCAAGAGGAAAUAUCAGAGUUGAUACGUCAGCUGGAAGCCUCUGCUAAAGUUCAUGAAGAAGAGCAAAGCAAGGUAGAUCAGCUAAAGCAGGACUUAAUAGAGCAAUACCAGGCGAAAGAGAAGGGCAUGCAGGAUGAAUUGAAUGCUUCUAAAGGGAGGUAUGAACAUGAACUGGAGUGCAUAAGGCAGACUUUGACUAAAGUUGAUGAAAACCAAAUAGAGAUUAGAAAUGUAUCAUUGGAGUCAGAAAUGGCAGAAAAAGCCAGACACUUAGAAAAUGCUUUGAAAGAACUGGAAUCUCAACACAGUAUACUACGAGAUGAAUUAACAUAUAUGAAUAAUGUUAAGAUGAAACUUGAAGUGGAAAUCCAGCUCGCAAAGGAUGAAUACUUUCAUGAGAGGGAAGAUUUGGAGUUUAAAAUUAAUGAACUGCAGCUUGCCAAAGAGGAUCACUGCUGCUUAAUUGAAAAACUAAAAUCAGAGCUUAAGGCAGCAAGAGAACAACAUGAGAAUACUGUAAAAAUUAAGGGUAGAGAAAUUCAAGACCUGGUAGAAAAGCAUAAGAAUGAAAUGAGUGAGUUUAAACAAACAGUAAUGUUACAUUCGGAGAGUGAAAAUCAAUCACUAGUACUUGAAAUACAAGAUCUUAAGGAAGAAUGUCAAAGGCAUAUUCAAGAGAAAGAAGAUGCUAUUGCUAGUUAUGAGAGCCUACGAGAAACACUGGAAACAUUACAAACUGAAUUGGGGGAAUCAGCUGGGAAAAUUAGCCGAGAAUUUGCAUCUAUGAAGCAGCAGCAGGCUUCUGAUGUAGAUGAACUGCAGAAAAAACUUAGAAUUGCUUUCAAUGAAAAGGAUGUUCUCACUGAGACAGUAAAUUGUCUUCGGAAAGAGGUAGAAGAGCUCUCCUCCAAAAGAGAAGAAGUGGAGGAACUGAGACAUAAAGUUGGAGCACUUCAGGAGGAGAAUGAGGAACUUACUAAUUCCCUUCAACAAAGAGAGGCUACAAUCAAAGACCUGGAAGAGAAAAUGAGUGAGCUUUCCUCACAGAAUAAUAGCAACCUUACUGAAAUGAAGUACUCUGCUGAGAAAAUAGAACACCUUCAAGAAAAAUGCAAAGUGGAGCAAGCAACAGUUAUGGGACUUCAACAACAGGCUGACACUCUUACCUCUUGCAACCAUGAAUUAGAGCGACAGGUAGAGGCAUUAAUGGAGAAACUCAAAGGUGCUUCAUUGGAAAAAGAAAACGACCAGCAAAAGCUGCGGGAAGCUGAACAACAAAUCGAAGCUCUUCAGCAAGAUAAAGUCUGUCUGUUGUCUCAAGUAGAGAGUCUGCAUGGUGAAAAUAAGAAACUAAAGGAUGAAAGAGACAGUGCAGGUAAGGAACUAGAAAGCAUUGGAUGUGAAAAGGAGGACUGGCUCAUUUCUAAAGAGAAAGCAGAUAACUUAGAAAUGGAACUGCAAAAAGCCUGUGAUGAAAACAAGCACUUAAGUAAAUUACUUGAUGAGGAGAAGGCCUUCAAAUCAGUUGUGAACAGUCAGCUCUGUGGCCUCCUUGAGAAGUUGGGCUCCAGAUACCCAGAUGUAAAGGAAGACUACGAUGUUGUUGGUAUAUUGCAAGCUGCCAAUGAAUUGUUGGCUAAAAUGAAGCAAGAGGAACAAAGUCUGACCUUGCAGAAGGAUGAAAAUGCUUUUCUACAACAAGAGAUGCUGAGGCUCCAGGAAGAAAGUGCAGCUCGGUACAUGGAACUCCGAUCUCUGUUGGAUGAUUAUGAGAAAGAAAAACAACUUUUAAGAGAGGAGUUGGAAGGAGCUUUGUCUGAAAAAGAAGCCCUCCAGCUAGAUAUCCAGGAGUUGAAACACACCAGUGAAAAAGUCAGGAAUGAGAACCAAGAUCUUUUAUCUCAGCUUCAAGAUCUUUCUGAGCAACUUGCACAGCAUGAAAACAAAAUAAAAGAACACGAAGAAAAAUUGGAACAAGAGCGGAAAAAUCUAAACUUAAUUUUGGAGCAAAAAGAAACUGAACUGAGAGAUGUUCAAGCUAAGCUUUCUUUGCUAAAGGGUUCUGUGGAGGAACCUUCCACAAGCAGUGACCAGCAAUCAUCAGAGACCCAGAAAAUCGGAGAUCUGGAAAAGCAGCUGAAAGAGAAAGAAGAAAAAUUAAAUAAAAUCAAAGCUGUCGCUGUGAAAUUAAGGAAAGAACUGGAUUCUAGCAGGAAAGAGGUGCAGUUGCUUAAAGAAGAGCUGCUGGUGCUGCAAUCUGAGAAAGAGCAGCUAUCCUCUUCAAUGGGAGACAUCAUUCAGGGAGCAGAGAGCUAUAAGAAUCUUUUAAUAGAGUUCGAGAAACAAGCUGCGCAACUGGAUUUUGAAAAAGAACAAACUCGUAAUUUUGAACGUCAAAUUGAUGACCUUAAAAAACAGCUGGAGAACUCAACUCAGCAGCAAGACCAGUGGCGUUCUGCUAAUGAAGACCUCUUGACUCGUAUUGAAACUCUACAGACAAACACCAAGCUGUUAGAAACCCAGUUAUUAGAAAUCCAGAGAGCCAAAGUCAGGGUAGACAAAGAACUUGAGUCAGAAAAACUUCUAAAAGAGCAAAAGAUAAAGGAUCAUAGUAAUGCUGUGAAAGAGGUUGAAGAACUGCAAGCACAACUUCAGAAAGAGAAGAAGCAUCUUCAGAAAGUUUUGGAAGAGCUGGAACUGGCCAAAAAGGAUGCACAGAAGAGUACAAUGAUGGACAUGGAAAUUGCUGACUAUGAGCGUUUUGUAAAAGAACUUAAUCAAAAGAUUACCAACAAAAACAGCAGAAUUGAAGACCUUGAGCAAGAGAUUAACAUUCAAAAACAGAAGCAAGAAACAUUACAGGAAGAACUCAAGUCAUUUCAGGAAUCAGUAGAGGAAUACCAGGAGAAGAAUGCCAAAAUCAAACAACUGUUAGUGAAAACAAAAAAAGAGCUGGCAGAUUCAAAGCAAGCAGAAAAUGAACUUCUGAGACUUCAGGCAUCUCUAAAAGGAGAGUUGGAAGCAAAUCAACAACAAGUGGACGUUUAUAAGAUUCAGUUGGCUGAGCUAACUUCAGAAAACCACAAAAUUCAGGAACACUUGAGGACUUCACUAGAACAGCACCAACGGGUUCUGAAUACUUAUCAGCAGAAACUGACAGCUCUUCAAGAAGAGUGUAGUACAGCAAAGGCAGAACAUGCUGCUGUCACCUCAGAAUUUGAAAGCUACAAAGUCCGUGUUCAUAAUGUUUUAAAACAGAAGAACAAGUCCUCACAAUCUGAAACUGAUGUGACCAAACAAGAAAGAGAACACAUGGAAAAGGUAAUAGACCAACUGAAGAUCAAAUUGCAAGACACUCAGCGUAAUUUACAAAUGAAUGUAACUGAGCUUCAAGCACUGCAGUCUGAACAUGACACCCUGCUGGAAAGGCACAAUAAAAUUCUUCAGGAAACUGUGGCAAAAGAAGCAGAGCUCCGAGAAAAACUCUGCACACUACAAUCAGAAAACGUGGUGAUGAAGUCAGAGCAUGGACAGAUUGUGAGUCAGCUGACAGCCCAAAAUGAAGCUCUUCGGAACAGUUUCCGUGAUCAAGUCCGGCAUCUGCAAGAAGAGCACAGGAAGACUGUGGAAACCUUACAGCAGCAGUUGUCCAAAGUAGAAUCCCAGCUCUUUCAGCUCAAAAGUGAGCCAAGCCCAAAAAGUCCUGCUUCUUCCAGCCUGCCAGCAAAGAACUUGCGAGAACGGAGGAAUACUGACCUUCCUCUUCUUGAUGUGCACACACUAGCUAGAGAGGAGGGUGAAGGAAUGGAAACCACGGACACCGAGUCAGUAUCUUCCUCUGGUACCUAUGUGCCAUCCUUGGAACAGCUUCUUAAUAGCCCAGAAACAAAAUUUGAACCGCCACAAUGGGAAGCAGAGCUUACCAAAGAAGAGUUGGUCCAGAAGUUAAAUAUCACAUCAAAGAGUGCUGAUCACUUAAAUGGAUUGCUUCGUGAAUCAGAAGCAACCAAUGUAAUCCUAAUGGAACAAAUAAAGCUUCUUAAAAAUGAAAUUAGGCGAUUAGAAAGGAACCAGGAACGAGAGAAAUCUGUUGCUAAUCUGGAAUAUUUGAAGAAUGUUCUGUUAAAAUUUAUAUUUCUAAAAUCUGGUAGUGAAAGAGAGAGGCUUCUUCCAGUAAUAGAUACUAUGUUGCAGUUGAGUCCAGAAGAGAAAGGAAAACUUGUUGCGAUUGCUCAAGGAGGUGAGGAAGACAGCACACCACAGCCAUCUGGUUGGGCAUCGUACUUGCACAGCUGGUCAGGACUCCGAUAGGACCGUGCAAGGUCUCACUGUACAAACAUUCAGAAUCUGCAGUUGCACUGAGAGGAAUCUCAGAACUGAAGAAGGAAGCAUAUACAUGUGUAGCAACUCUUUUUUCUGUUGGUUGUUUUAAUCAUCUCAUUUUGACUAAGGCCUGUAGGGGACUUAAAAAAAUGUGUUCCAAUUUAGGAUUCUUACCCCUAUUCAUUCAAUAAUUGUUACAGUUGUGGAAGUGCUGGUUCAUCCAUUGACUUCCCCUAACUGCAAAAUUCAUCCCCCUCAUUCAGUGGAGGAACAAUUUAGCAUAUGCACUUUGUGUAUAUCUGGAGUUACCUCUUUCACUGAAACUAAAUCUGUAAGCUUGCUUAUGGAGAAAUGCCAUUUGUGCUCUGCACUGGGUAUCUGAUUUCAGCAAACAUUUUCAUUUUUAUUUGUCUGAAAAAACACGUUAUGCAUAUUCCUUUCAUUUUCAGUGGCAAGAUUUAAGACAGCUCACAGUUCUGACCACUCACUUCUUAAUCUGGUUCCAAAUGUUGUCUCUUUAAUGCCCAGACAAGUCAGAUAUUAGAAUUACUUAUUAAAGUAUUUGCAUAGCUUAAAAAUGGCUUAUUCUAUUCAAAGGGAGAAAGAGGCAAAAAUAAAAUACUUGGCAUAUUGCUGUAUCAGUUUUUGGAACCAUUAGUUAAUGAAGUCUUGAAACCAAGCCACUUCAAGAGCAGUCAUUUUUCAUUAAAAUAAAAUGUAGAUGUUUGCACUCUGACUCUAAAUAGCUAUUGAGAUCACUGCUUAUGCUAGUGAUUAUGUUAAGAGCGGAGGGCACUGUUAAACAGGCUCAAGUGUGUUGCAGGUUGUCAAAUCUAAAUACCAUUGUUUAUGCUCUUCAAGGAUGAAAGCUUUCUGGAGACAAGCAGGUAAAUGUAGCUUCUAGCUUUGGGAGUUUUUCCCCAAGAAGGGAUGGCAUUUUGCCACUAUAUGGCAGUUUUAUUAUCCUUGUUCUUGAUCUGUGACUCCUGCUUUACUGUUAAAUCUCCUCUUUAUGCUCAAAGGACACAAGUAUACCUAGGGAUGACUGCUGUUCUGGCUGUACUAGGAAUAGGUUUACUGAAACAAAUGUCAUGAGUAACUUAAAUGUUAUUUAUUUCAUUUGGUCUACUGUAUGCCUAAGUCUAGGUCCAGUCCAUUGCAGUUCCUUUCCUACCUUGCCAUAUUAAGCACACACAGAUGAGAUGGUUUAAGAAACAAUUCCCAUGACAUAGUGGAAGUUUGGAGAAGAUGACUGCCGAUGCCUCUGUGACAGAACUUCAUUUAUGUUACUGAAGUCUAAACUGCUUCUUGGUGGUUUGUGAUCUUGGUGGAAGGAGUGAUAUAAUGUGUGUGCACAAUAUUUACCAACUGGUUACAAUGAUAGUGGGAAUGAAAGUGACUCUAUAUUCUACCUAGCCAGUCUUGCACCAGAAUAUAAGUGCAUCUGGGCAUCUCCCCGGCAUCUGUAAUAGUCUGUAAUCCAUAACUACAAUCCAAACUUGCCUUUUUCGACAGGAAUGUAACAGAAGGCAUCAUAUCUUUUAAAAUUUAGCAUUAAAAAUAGUCCACAGCUAUUCACUCUGAUUUAGUCUGUUUCUGCUACUUGCUACAACAAUUUAUCAUUUUCUGCAGCUGUCAGAGCAGGUGAAGAGUGACCUAACUUUAGGCUCAUGAAGCAUUUCAAGUGCUUCUCUUCAGUAAAAACAGGUGCACCAUCUUCAUUGUCAUAUCAGGUUGAAGCAUCUUUCCUCAGUUUAAAUUGCACUGGUAGUGGAGAUAGAUAUCUAAUAUAUUUUAAAAUCUGCAUUGUGACUCUUUGGGCUCUUACAAUGAUUUUCUUAUCUGUACUUCCUUCUCAGAGCAAAGCCAUCCCUCAAAUCUUACUUAAGUUUUUGUGCAAUUAGGUGUUAAUUUGUCUGACUGAGUAAUUGGUAUGCUUUUUUAAAAAAUCUAGUUCCUACAAGGAUAGAGUCGAGUUGGCCAUCCUAGUUUAUUGCCAUAUCAUGUACUUUUACAUGUUUAAAUUCAGCAGGGCAUUUUUGCACUUUCCCUAAUAGUUCAUUGUUAUCAGAAUUAUAUCUGAAAACUUGCUAACUGAAAAUUAUUUUCCUAUCUGCACAAUGUUAUUAAUGUUUGACAAACCGUCUUUUAGUCAUUUCAAAUCUUGUUAUUGUGCUUGUGCUACUGAUGUUAGAAAACAAUGCUUGUAUGACAUCAGUACACUUGCUAGUGCAGUGGGCUUCCUGGGAAACCCAUCAUACUAGAAGGGGUGAUUGAUUUUGCCCAAACACCCAUUUCUGCUAACACAACAUGAAUAUUGCUUGUUUGUGGGCACUGUUGGAUCCUUCCUUUUAUUGUUUCAAACUGUGAAUAAAUUAUGCAUAUAGUGUGUUAUUUUUCAAAUUUCAAUUGUAUAUUCAGUAUAUUAAAAUACUAUACUUGUGAAUGUAACAUUGUUUGCAUGCUCUGAACAUACCUUUUAUUACAGGGAAAGGGUGGAGAUACUGAGGAAGAGAGUAAUACAGAUUAAAAUAACUACAAAACAUG